AUGGUUCGAGUGAAAACUGAAGGGGAAUGGUUGAAUGGUUCAGAAAUGGUGAUGGUGAAUGCCUUAUCAAAUGAUGGAGCAAGCUCUGAUUUUAUAGGAGUUGAAGAAUCAGAAGAUGACUUUGAAGAUUCUAGAGAAGAGUCAGAAUCUGAGGUUUCUGAAAAUAAGUCAGAGUUAGAAGAUGAUUCUGAAGCUGAAGACAAGUCAGAAUCCGAAGAUUUUGAUGAUGAUCAAGAAUAUGGUGGUGGUCAUGCUUCUGGAAGGGAAAACUCUGAAGACAUAGGUUCUGGAGGACAAGAUUCUAAAGAUGAUCAUGUUUCUGGUGUUAAUCAUGACGUUGAAGGUGGAACUUCUGAAGGCGGAGCUUCUGAAGGUAGUCCAGCUUCUGACGGUGGUCAUGAUUCUGAAAGAAAAGAUUAUGAAGUUGUUGCAGAAUCAGAAGAUGACUUUGAAGAUUCUAGAGAAGAGUCAGAAUCUGAGGUUUCUGAAAAUAAGUCAGAGUUAGAAGAUGAUUCUGAAGCUGAAGACAAGUCAGAAUCCGAAGGUGAUUCUGAGUCUGAAGGAGAAUCAGAAGAUGAGUCAGAAUCAGAAGAAGAUUCUGCUUUUGAAGAUGAGUCGGAACUUGAAAAUUUUGAUGAUGAUCAAGAAUAUGGUGGUGGUCAUGCUUCUGGAAGGGAAAACUCUGAAGACAUAGGUUCUGGAGGACAAGAUUCUAAAGAUGAUCAUGUUUCUGGUGUUAAUCAUGACGUUGAAGGUGGAACUUCUGAAGGCGGAGCUUCUGAAGGUAGUCCAGCUUCUGACGGUGGUCAUGAUUCUGAAAGAAAAGAUGCUUCUGAUGUUCUAGUGUUGCUCAGAAGCAGUAGAGCUUCUGAGGUUGAUUAG